GCACCGACACAUCCCUGGACGUCAGGACCACCUCUUUCCCAAAGUGACAUGUCUUGGAGGGCUUGUCAAGAACUGUUUACUACAUCAGACACGGUGCAAAGUGUGGAAAAUGUGGAGUCUUGCGCAAUAUCGGGCGGAGCCAACGACUGAAGGAAUCGGGGCAAAGGAUGACUCACCAAUACCCAUGUCUCACCCCGGAGCAAAAGAAGGAGCUCGCCACCAUUGCUCAGCGCAUCGUUGCUUCCGGAAAGGGGAUCCUUGCAGCAGAUGAAUCUGUUGGUACAAUGGGGAAGCGCCUACAGAAGAUAAAUGUGGAGAAUACAGAGGAGAACCGGCGCUGUUUCCGUGACAUACUCUUCUCUGCCGAUGCCUCUAUUGCUGACAGCAUUGGUGGCGUCAUCUUCUUCCACGAAACACUCUACCAGAAGUCUGACAAGGGUGUCCUGUUCCCACAAGUCAUCAAACAGAAGGGCAUUGUGGUGGGAAUCAAAGUGGACAAAGGAACAGCAGGUCUGAAUGGGACAGACGGUGAAACGACAACACAGGGGCUCGACGGCCUCUCGGAGCGUUGUGCUCAGUACAAAAAAGACGGCUGCGACUUUGCCAAGUGGAGAUGUGUGCUGAAGAUCUCGGACGGUUGCCCUUCGGCCCUUGCCAUUGCCGAGAACGCCAAUGUUCUCGCUCGAUAUGCCAGCAUAUGUCAGCAGAAUGGCCUGGUUCCGAUUGUGGAGCCAGAGAUCCUGCCAGACGGAGACCAUGACUUGCAGCGCUGUCAGUACGUGACUGAAAAGGUUCUGGCAGCCGUUUACAAGGCCCUUUCCGAUCAUCAUGUCUACCUGGAAGGUACUCUCUUGAAGCCUAAUAUGGUCACUGCAGGUCACUCCUGCCCAAAGAAGUUCACCCCUGAACAAGUUGGCAUGGCAACGGUCACUGCUUUGAGCCGUACAGUACCAGCUGCCGUCCCCGGUAUCUGCUUUCUGUCUGGAGGGCAGAGCGAGGAGGAGGCCUCCCUCAACCUAAAUGCUAUUAACCAGACGCCCCUGAACCGGCCCUGGAAGCUGACCUUCUCUUACGGCCGUGCCCUGCAGGCCUCAGCUCUGGCUGCCUGGCAGGGUAAAGCAGGAAACAAACAGGCUGCACAAGAAGCCUUCUGCACCCGAGCCAAGAUUAAUAGUCUGGCAUCGAAAGGGGAGUACAAGCCAACGGGCCUGGCUGACAAGUCUGCUACACAGUCCCUCUACACUGCUAGCUAUGUCUACUAGAUUCUACACCCACAGCUGCGAUAGGAACACAGAGCUAACAGUGAUGUUGCAAAAUUUUAAUGAGAACUCAUCCUGUCAGCAAAUGCGGUUGCAUUACAUUUGCAACUGGUAACUUGCAAGCUCACCGUGACAUCAUAAAAUUAAUACUGACUUGUGGGAAAUGGAAAAAAACUGAAAUAAAAUGAUUUAAAUGCUA